GGCGGCAGCGGCGGGCCCGACGGGGCGAUGAGCGGCUCGAAGCCCAGGGUGGCGUCGGGGGCCGGCGGGGCGCUGAGCCGCUUGCGAGGCCGGAGAGGCUCCGGAGACGCGUCGCCCGCGGUCGUGGCUCCGCUGAGGGCCGCCGUGUUGCCCCGCACCGAAGCGGAGCUGCUGGCGCUGGACGCGGUCCGGCCCGAGCACGUCCUGGGGCUCAGCCGCGUCACUGAGAACUAUCUCUGCCGACCAGAGGACAACUUUUACAAUAUUGAUUUCACCAAGUUCAAGAUCAGGGACCUGGAGACAGGGACGGUGCUAUUUGAAAUUGCCAAACCUUCAGCUUUAGAGCAAGAGGAUGAUGACGGCGACGCUGGGGAGGUGGACGCCAGCGCAGGGCGCUUUGUCCGCUAUCAGUUCACGCCUGCCUUCCUGCGCCUCCGGACAGUUGGUGCAACCGUGGAGUUCACAGUAGGAGACAAGCCAGUGUCAAACUUCCGUAUGAUCGAGAGGCAUUACUUCAGAGACCGCCUUCUCAAGAAUUUUGACUUUGAUUUUGGCUUCUGCAUCCCCAGCAGCAGGAACACUUGUGAGCACAUCUACGAGUUCCCACAACUUUCAGAGGACCUCAUCCGUCUGAUGGUCGAGAACCCCUACGAGACCCGCUCGGACAGCUUCUACUUUGUGGACAACAAGCUGAUUAUGCACAAUAAGGCUGACUAUGCCUACAACGGAGGGCAGUAGCCGCCGCCGCUGCAUCCCCCUCCCUCUCCCCCCCCCCCAGACUUUGCACUACCGCCAGCCAUCCUGGUCACGGAGGAGAGCAGGGAAGCUCCCCUGGACUCCGAGGCCUUUUGCAGAAAGCUCUGUGAGGCUCAAGAUGUGAUGUUGAAGGGGCUGAGGUGGCAACUGGUGACAGUAAAGGAGCUCCCCUGGCAAACCUGAACCCUUUCCAGCCUUGUUCCUUUCUGGUCCUCUGCUUGGUCCCCAGUGGCACCUGGGUCAGGUUACAGGUCAGACUGUCUGUUAAAUGUUAAACUGAUGUAGCAGUUCAUGUAGUUUGGCGCACUUAGCCUGUAUUUCUUGUAUGUUCUUCCCUUUUCCGGUGGGCAUAGGGUCCUCCAACACAAAGCUGUUGCCUCUUCCAAGUAGCCCAUGAAACGUAUAUAGCAGGUUUUCCCCCUUUGGAGGAGUGUGGCAGGGCUGGUGAAUCACUUUGGCAGAAUCGGUGACCCAGCCUGUAUGAUUGGCUGUGAGGGCCUACCACUCACAACCAACCUAAAAACAAAACAAAAAGGAGGAGAGGUGUUGUUUUUUUAAGGGGUGCUCCAGAUUGCGGCUUCAGUCUUUGGUCUUGAUUGUUCCUUAAACUCUGUUGGGUACCGGUUGGCAAAAAAAAAAGGCUUGUGUCCCACUGUGAGUCUUUGUGAGGUCUUUUGAGGCCUUUGUGAGGCCUUUUCUGCCAACCAGCUUAGGGAGAGGGAGACUGAGAUCAGUGUUUCAGCCUGAACACUCCACACACUUGUCCAUCCUGCCUUCAGCCUAGGUUCCGUUCUGCAUCUCAGUUUUGCUCUUUUCCUUGAAAGGAGUGCAAAAGAAGGUGGGCAAAGCUUACCGGGAUCCAUAAAUUGCCUGGUGGAGCCUGUCCAAGCAGCAGGGUGGAUUUUCCCAGGAGAAAUUUUCUGUUUGUGUCUCAAAACGUAUUAGUGUAAGAAAUGGUGGUGUUAACCAGCUUGUAUUGCCUGCCUUGGUUUGCGCCGCCGUUGAAGUGGGCUCCAUAGGCUCCCCGGUGCAAUGAGAUGUAGCUGAAUCAGCUUGGCUGUGAAAAUAAGGGAAUUUCCCCUCUUGAAACCUGUACCUCUGAGCUUUUACUGGCUCCAUUUAAAUGUGUAGGAAACCAGCCAGCUUUUGCUGCUAAGAUGCCGCUAUGCCUGUUGGUUAGGCACAUCUGAGGAGGUAGUACUGGAUGAGGGCCUGGGGAGGAGGGUGUGUAUCAGCCAGUGAAGCAGGAAUCUUGCCCUUAGGUGGCUGUCGGCAACUACAAAGCAGUAUUUUUGUUGCUGUCGGACUCCGCUCCCGGGCCUUUCUCUCGCUUCAAAGUUAAGCUGGUGUUCUGUGUCAGAUGCUAAUUCAGCCUGCACAGGAGAAAGCCCUCCAGGCUCUUGAGACUAGCCCUUUUUGGAGAGGGUGGAGGCACACGCACAUUGCCCUGAAACAAACCGUUUUAGAAAGGGGAGGAGGAUAGUGACAGAUCAGAGUAUUUGUGGGAGGCAAAACACAAGAGGAAAAUGGCUCGGACUCUUUAGCUGUAAGGUAGGAUGUUCUUAACCACUCCCAAAAUAUUGGGGAUGUAAUAAAGGUGAAAAGGGCAGA